AUGGCAUCGGAACUUCGCAGUCGAAUGUUGACGGAUCCUUAUUCCAAGGCACCAGCAAUUUUAUUAAUUGGCGCGGGUAAAAGCACGUUUGCAAAUCUGAUCUUUGAAGAAGAAGGAAAGUUUUUAACAUCGGAUAGUUCGAUUUGUCAAAGUGCUCUAAUCAGCCUGGAUGAUAAAGAAUAUAAUGUUGUCGAUACUCCAGGUCUUUUUGAUACACAGAGACCUGUCGAUGAUAUCUUGGAUGAAAUUGCACAAUCAAUUGUCCAGUGCAGUAAUGGUAUCGUAGCGAUUUUGUACGUUAUAGCGUGGGACAGAUAUACAUCUAUACAACAUUAUACAACUGAAAAAAUUAUGGAAUUCCUUGGUGAAGAAGAAUCUUACCGCCAUUUAAUUAUAAUUUUUACCAAGUGUAACAAAAAACAAACUGAAGACCGAUGUAAAUUGGAAAAAGAUUUCAGUGAUAAUAAAAACCUUAAAAUGUUUAUGAAUAAAGUCAGCAACCGUUGGAUCGUCUCGCCAAAUUUGGAAAUUUUUAGCGAUCCCCACAAUCAAAUUGUGAAAGGACAUAUGGAUAACCUAAAGAAUUAUAUUAAGUUAAUGCCAGAGCCUUAUACUACAACUUCAUUUGAAAAUGUUAGAAUUUCACGUGAGAAAAAAUUACAAGAGAUUGAAGCACGUUCUAAAGAACUACGCGAGGAAGAUAAAUCAAGGAUAGACCGCGAAAAAAGAAAAGCUGGAACGGAUACAGCCAAGGCUGAAAUUAAGAAGCGGGGCGAAACAUGUUUUUCUCUGUGCUCCAAGGUUAUUCUUGUAGAUAGCAAAAGAAUCGAAAUGUCGCAAUUGAGCAUCGGUGAUACAGUUUGUUGUGGUGAAGAAAAUGGCGAAUUGAUUUUUAGCGAAAUAUAUGCAAUUGUUCAUGCCGAUAAUCAGACCAUAACUCAAUAUCAACGGAUCAAUUAUUUAAAGGCAGAUGGCACAGAAGGAAUUCUGCGUCUCACUCCAAAACACCACCUAUUCAAUUCCCAGGGAAAAACAAUUUUCGCUGAAGAUGUCCGGGCUUCCGUAACCGAACUUUUACUUUUCGAUGGCAAGAAACUUACUCCUGAAUGGGGAUUCGGCUACAUUGCUCCAUUUACACAAAAUGGCAAGAUUGUUGUUGAUGAAAUACUUUGCUCUUGUUACGCUGUUGCUCCGCCUUAUCAAGAUAUUAUCAAUUUCGUAACAAUUCCUUUUCGACUCUACUCGUGGGUUAUGCCUAUCGUUGUUUGUAAAAAAGAAAUUCAUCCCUAUCUCGUAUUUUUGAAACGCGGUCAAUGGAUUCUUGAACAAAUAGAUUACUUUAACACAAUGAUUAAAGGAUCAUAUUGA